UCCGCAGGUAAAAGUGGGGACAUGGAUCGCAUCAAAGGCCCAUGGAGCCCCGAAGAGGACGAGGCCCUCCAGAAGUUAGUUGAGAAACACGGGCCCAGAAACUGGUCCCUCAUCAGCAAAUCCAUUCCCGGUCGUUCUGGCAAGUCCUGCCGCCUCCGGUGGUGCAACCAGCUCUCGCCCCAGGUGGAGCACCGAGCCUUCACGCCCGAAGAGGACGACACCAUAAUCCGCGCCCACGCGCGCUUCGGCAACAAGUGGGCCACAAUCGCCCGCCUCCUCUCGGGCAGAACCGACAACGCCAUCAAAAACCACUGGAACUCCACCUUAAAGCGCAAGUGCGCUUCCAUGAUGCUCGAUGAGCCUCAACCUCUCAAAAGGUCGGUGAGUGCCGGCGCGGCUUUACCAAUCUCCACGGGCCUCUGCAUGAACCCGCCCACCCCUGGUAGCCCCUCUGGAUCCGAUGUGAGCGAGUCCAGCGUACCAGUUGCGUCCUCAUCCCACGUGUACCGACCCGUGCCAAGGACCGGCGGGGUUCUACCUCCGGUAGAAACGACGUCGUCCUCCAAUGACCCUCCAACUUCAUUGUCCUUGUCUCUCCCCGGCGUCGACUCUUCCGAAGUCUCCAAUCGGAUAACUGAACCAAUCCACGUCGCGCCGCCACCGUCCAAUACUAUCCCUUUGUUGCCUAUAAUGACUGCUCCGGUUCCGGUGGCGGUGCCGCAACAGUUUCAAGAUACGUCGUCAUUGAAGCCUUUUAAUUUAAGUGCGGAGUUUCUGGCUGUGAUGCAGGAAAUGAUAAGGAAGGAGGUGAGGAGUUAUAUGAUGGGGUUGGAGCAGCAGAAUGGGAUGUGUUUUCAGGCUGCAGCUGAUGGGUUUAGGAACGCUUCCGUGAAGCGUAUUGGAAUUAGCAGGAUCGAUUCGUAAAUAUUAUCAGAGAGUAGAGAGAUAUCAGAAAACAAUCGAAAAAACAAAUCAAGCUCUUUUUUAUGUUUUUUUUCCCACCAUGUUUCUAGGUAAUAAUUUUGGUUAAUGUACAGUGGGGGAACUCGAUCCCAAGAGAGAUGGAUGAACGGAUAGGAGAGAGCAUCGGUUGAACUUGAAUCGGAGGGGAAAGAAGAGGGCGAUGAUAGAUGUUAUCCGAGCAUAAAAGAAACCGAAAAUUCUGUAACUUUUUUUUAUCGUCUCUUGGUCCUGUUCUGCGGGCCUAGUUGAAAAACAAAAACAAAAAGCAUGCUUAGAAUAAAAAAGAAAGUCCUUCAAAUCUGAAUAUAAUUCUAAAUUUAUUACUUCGUUUGCAAAAACAAAAUUCUCAAUCUCGAUUCAGUUCGAAUUAAAAAUUUUAGGCGACAGGGUAACUGAAUUUGAAAGGUAGUUAGAUUAGUUUAGAGAUGGGAAUAUUAUUGAAUCGAUGCUAGUUUCAGUUUUAGAUGCAGUUUUUAUGUCGGGACCAAAGACAGACAGAGAUCUAAUUCAGUGUUAUUAUCCAUGUCUUAAAACUUCUUUUCGUUAAGGAGUAAAUUUAAUCAAAAGAGGAACGGCCGGGGUAACCCUUUGUUAUGCCCAUUAAAGAUACAAGUGAUGUUCAACGACGGACAGUUAGUUAAAACGUGGGAUAUAUCUGUUUUAUGAGAU